GCUAAUUUGUUUUAUUUUAUUAAAAACUAAUUUAAAAUGUCAAUAUUUGUGUUAUUUCUAUUACAGGCAAUUUUAAGUGCAUUAGUCGCCUUAUCAACACAUGCAUCUGCUUUCUUUUGGAGUUCGCAAUCUAGUCCACAACACACCCUUCAAGUCUACCCUAGAAGAAUUCUGCCCGGUCCGGUCCUGCUAGUCGAAGCUGACCCCCAAUACCAGCAAGUUCCAAUGCAAGGGCCACCCCAGAACGCUUACUCUUCCCCCCAAUACUCCAACAACCAGUAUUCCGCCAGUCAGUAUUCUGCCAGUCAGUAUUCUGCUCCCAGUCAAGCUCAUCAGCAAUUCAAUGCGGCUCCCAGUAUAGAGGGCGUGCAAUACGUGCCCUGCUUCUGCCCUGCCGCCUCGGAUAACAAAUUCGAGCAGCCGAUUCCAGCUUCAGAAUUUUACAGCCGUCCUAUGUACCAGGUGUUGCAACCGCAUCAGCAACAGCAGCAGCAGCAGCAGCAGCAGUCAUCGACCAACCCAGAGACAAACAAAAAGCAGUAAAAAAACCCAACAGGAAAAACCAUCCGAGUCUGUCAGUUAAAAACUGACCGAGAUAACUUAUUAUUUUUUAUAUUAUUUACAUUGUAGUUCAACUACGAAAGUAUUUAUUUAUUUAUUUGGAUUGAAUAACCGCCAAAGUUAUUUAUUUCUUAGGUUUUAUUCUUGCCAUAAUUUUAUUUAUUAACGACUGCAAAUGACUUAUUUACACAAGA